AUGGACUUGGAGUUCAUGCCCUACUACUUCUGGGUCUGCAUGUGGUGCUCCUUGUUUACCAUCCUGGUGUCGAUCUUCGACCUCUGUGCCCUCAUGAAGCAUGUGACCAUGUUCAGCGAGGACGUCUUUGCUGGGCUCAUUUCCCUCAUCUUCAUCAUUGACGGAGUUCUGCCAAUCAUCCGCAACUUCACGGACAACCAGAUGACCUUGACGGCCGCUAUGUUCGAGACGCUGCUCUUCGUCUACACUUUCGGCCUCGCCUCGUACCUGUCGUACUUCCGUCGCACCCCGUGGCUCAUCCGGGCCCUCCGCAACCUCAUGGCCAACUUCGCGGUGACCAUCGCGCUGGUGUCGGCAUCCGCCCUGGCAGCCAUCUACUCCAGCGACACGAACCUGCGCAUGCUCACCGUGGAUGCCGAGCUCUCACCGUCCCUGACACUGGCCACGGGCGAGAAGCGCAACUGGAUCGUGAACCCCAUGGGCAUCGAGAAGGACUUCCCCUUGUGGGGCAUCCCGUACGCCAUUCUUCCAGCGAUCGGGUUCGCAGUGCUGGGCUACCUGGACCAGAAUCUGACCAGCGUCAUCGUCAACCGGCCCUCCAACGGCCUGGAGAAGCCGCCUGGCUAUCACCUGGACUUGUUUGUUCGAGGAGCGCUGACGCUGCCAGCCUGCGCCGUGCUCGGCCUCCCUCUGUCCGUGGCCUCCACUGUGCCCAGCAUCACGCACGUGAUCUCCCUGACCACCUAUGAGGUCAAGCAGCUGCCGCAGGGUGAGCGCAAGGUGCCGACCAAGGUGGUGGAGCAGCGGGCUACGAACUUCCUGAUCCACGUGCUCAUUGGCUGCGCCUUGUUCAUGGCACCGGUUCUGAAGUUCCUUCCCCGAGCCGUCCUCCAGGGCGUCUUCUUCUACAUGGGCAUCGCUUCCUUGACCGGUAACAACCUCUUCGACCGCAUGUUCCUGUGGUUGAUCUGGGACCCGGCCAAGUACCCCCAGUACCACUACAUCCAGAAGCUGCCCAUCAGAAGGGUCCACCUCUACACCUUCGUGCAGGCCCCGCGUCUGAAGCAGCGGAAAGGAGUCUCUCUCUGUUGA